GAUUAUGAAAAGAAAAUGUUUGAAAGAAAAUUAACAUAUGAGGAUGAAGAAGAUGAUUGUUCCAGUGAUGAUAGUUCUGAAAGUAAAGGAAAGGAAAAAGAAAUUAGUAUUACUGAGAUUGAUAAUAACGUUGUUAAGAAAGGAAAAGAAAAAGAAAGUAUUACUGAGCUUGAUAAUAAAAUUGCUAAAGAAGAAGAAAUUAGUAUUAAUGAUCUUAACAAUAAGAUUAAUGAACUUAAUCGUAGGAAUGAUGAGAUUAAUAGUAAGGUUGAUAAAUUACUUAAUGUAAUAUUAAGUAAAGAAAAUACUGAGAUUGGGAAUCUCAAAAUUUAA